UGUCCCUUCUGGUACCAUUCAGGCAAUGUAUUGCUGAUGUGUUAUGCCUGUGAUGCACCGGUUUUACCCACAGGGGGCGCACCUGUUAUAGCUAAGCUAGUCAGGUCUGAUGGAUGUGAACCCUCAGUGAUUUCUGACUAUUCUCAGUGGGGAAUAAAAACCUGAAUCUUGAACUUCAGUUUUUAAGGUCUGGACUAGACACACAGUCGCACUCAAAGAAAGAACCAGCACCUCAUUGAAACAGGUGCUAAGGCUGCCCCCUGCAGUCAGGUCCAACUGGAUUUUUUUUAGGAUCCAUCCCCUGGGACAGUGCCGGAACAUUUUGGAAACAGUCCCUCUGUUUGUCUGUGAAUGCGUGAUUAUUCCCCUAGACGAGUUGGGCCUCUUCCCACUGGCUGCUGCCCUGGUGAUCAGAGCUCAGAUGAGAGCUGGGAGAUGAAUGAAUUUCCUUCUAUAUAGGAGUUUUACGCUCUCCAACAGCAAACCUCUAGUGUUGAGGAUACAAGAGAGCUGGAGAGGAGAGCUCGACUGAUGCAAGGAUGAAGAUGAUGAUGAUGAUGAUGAUGCUGAGGAUCCACAGACUGCUGCAGACUUCAUCACCACUCUAAUUGUCACCACGGCAAAGGCACAGUAUCUCUCUGUCUAUUCUCCUCAGCCUCUGUUUCUAAAUAUAACUCAAGUUUAGGGGCGCACAUUUACCGGUGUAGUAUGAGUGUUUGACAGGAUCGGUCCAGUUACUGGCAGCAUGCUAAGGAAAGGCUCAGAGGCAGCGAAGGGUGACAGAGAGGUUCUGCUGGAUCUAGAAUGCCGAAGUACAGACCAAACUUCAGACGCCUAUGGAAGCCUACAGAGGAGUGGCUUUAUUCCUUCGAGAGUCCUUUUAUCUUCCAGUGAUCAUGCAGAUGAUAAUGACUCGCUCAAAGAUGAGUGUCAGCAAAAAAGUGCUUCAACGAUGGAGAAGUGUUUCAGAGAUGGGAGAACUAAAAUUGAUUUUGUGCUGGUGUGGGAAGUUCGGUCACAGAGAAAGCGGCGAGGCCGGGGUAGACAGGAAGACGGAGACACCAUCCCCGUGGAAAAGAAAAGCAGGUCUGAGUAUCGGAAAGAAAAACUGGCCCGGUGGAGGGAGAAGUUUGUGCAAAAUCUGCAGUUGUCAGGACUUCUAAUGGAGAAGGAGGAAACUGCAAAUGAAAAGAAAACAAUACAUUUUCUCAAGCUGAGCGCACCGUGGAGUGUGCUGGUCUACUAUGCAGAGGAACUCUGCCUGAGAGCUCCAUUGCAGGCUCAGCCGAAUCUGGACCUAAACACAUCUGCUCGAGUUCUGAGUAAACUAUGCAUACCAAACAUAAUGACAGAGAGCGUUCCAAACAGGCCGCUGGAUUAUUACACAUGUGCCUUUCGCAAGUCCAAAAUAAACAGAUUCCUCGGCUCUGAGGACCAAGAAACAUACUUCACCAACACCCAAAGACAACGCAUUGUGUACGAGAUUCUGUCCAAAACUGUCUACGGUAAAAGGAAAAGAGCCGAGGUCGGCAUGGAUAGAUUGAUAAAGGAAGGAGCGUUCACAGCUGCCUUCCCACUGCAUGAGGGCCAGUUUGAGCUGCCGAAAUAUGGAGUCAGGUCAGAUGAGUUGAACCAGAGGCAAGUCCUGCACCACUUUUGGGCGCGCUGGUGCAAAUGGUACAAGUAUCAACCACUGGACCACAUCAGGGAGUAUUUCGGGGAGAAGAUUGCCUUCUACUUUGCCUGGCUGGGUUUCUACACAGCUUGGCUGUUGCCAGCUGCAAUUGUUGGGACGAUGGUUUUCGUGUCCGGGGUCCUGUCGAUGGGUUCAAACACGCCAGCAGAGGAGAUCUGUCACAGCAACAGCACAUACCAAAUGUGUCCCCUCUGUAACACAUGUAAGGCCUGGAACAUGUCAGAAAUCUGCACCAUGGCCAAGCUGGGGUACUUAUUCGACCACCCAGGUACCGUCCUCUUCAGUGUGUUUAUGUCCUUCUGGGCUGUAACAUUCCUCGAGUACUGGAAGCGGAAGAUGGCAACACUGGCGCAUCACUGGGACUGCAUGGACUUCCAUGAAGAAGAGGAGAGGCCGCGGCCAGAGUUUGCGGCAACAGCCCCAAUGAUGGAGCCCAACCCAGUGACUGGAGUCAAAGAACCUUACUUUCCCAAGAGGACCAGGAUCGCGCGCAUGUUCACCGGCUCCAUGGUCAUCAUCAUGAUGCUGUGUGUGGUGAUGAUUUUCCUGGUGACGGUGGUGAUCUGCCGCGGGAUAAUCAGUGUGAUGAUGUUCCACACCGGCAAUCCAAUCCUGCGGACAGAGGCGACUACAAUUGCCAACAUUGCUGGCAGCAUUGUCAACCUGGGUCUCAUCUUGCUGUUGGGUCGGGUCUACACGGCGUUAGCUGAGCAGCUAACAAAAUGGGAGAUGCACCGAACACAAACCCAGUACGAUAAUGCCUUCAUCUUCAAAGUCUUCAUCUUCCAGUUUGUUAACUUCUACUCGUCACCCUUCUACGUGGCGUUUUUUAAAGGACGGUUUGUUGGCUACCCAACCAACUACGGCACCUUGUUUGGGAUGAGGAACGAAGAUUGUGGCCCUGGAGGCUGUCUGAUUGAACUGGCUCAACAACUUGUCAUCAUCAUGGUGGGAAAGCAGCUGAUCAACAACAUCCAAGAGUUCAUCAUCCCUAAAAUCAAGGCCUGGCAGCAGAAGCGAAGUGUUGCGAAGGUUCUUGGUAAGAAGUCUGAGCAGCCUUGUCAGUGGGAGGAGGACUACCAGCUGGUUGUCUACGAGGGUUUGUUCGAGGAGUACCUGGAAAUGGUCCUCCAGUUCGGCUUCAUCACGAUCUUCGUUGCUGCGUUCCCGCUGGCGCCGCUCUUCGCCCUCCUCAACAACUGGGUGGAAAUCCGUCUUGAUGCUCACAAGUUCAUCUGCGAGUACCGUCGACCGGUCGCUGAACGCGCCCAAAACAUCGGAGUUUGGUUCAACAUUCUGGAGGCUCUGUCUCAUGUGUCUGUCAUCGCCAAUGCUUUCUUGAUCGCCUUCACCUCAGACUUCUUGCCUCGACUGCUCUACCAGAUCAAGUUUGAUAACGACCUCCAUGGAUACGUGAACUUCUCCUUGGCUUAUGCUCCACUGAACUACACCGAGAAUCCCAUGUGCAGAUAUAAAGCUUUCAGGGACAACGAUGGGAACUUCACACUCUUCUACUGGGAACUUCUGGCUGUCAGACUUGGAUUUAUCAUUGCAUUUGAGCAUGUUGUGUUCUUCGUGGUGCGAGCCAUUGACUGGAUCGUUCCGGACGUCCCAGAAUCUCUGGAGCUGAAGAUGAAGAGAGAACGAUACCUGGCCAAGCAGGCUCUGGCUGAAAACCAGGAGGCUUUGUUGGCGCGACGCAGCCGUGGUGCCAAUGCUUCCUCGCCAGGUUCCUCCAGUGCAGCAAGCGAUGCAUCCUUUGGAAUAACAAGUUAAAACCUCGGCUACAGUGGUCUGUGGGUGGACUACAUGCAUAAACAUAUUUCCGUUCUGGAAUUUACAUCGAUAUACUCGUGGGAAUCACUGCGUUAUGCUUCAACUUAGAGGCAUAU